ACUUGCGGCAAGUCAAAGUUUUCGAGUUUUAUUCUAAUUCAGGAAAAAUUGAUAAAUUCAGUGAAAUUUGUUCAUUUUGCGAUGGCUUCUGCAUAUAAAUUAUCGGAAGGGGCCCUAGAGGUCAUUAUGAAUGGGGGUAAUGUCUUUGAACCCGUAAUGCAAAUUUUGGGGAGUAAAAAAAUUGCUUCUAAAGGUAGCGAACGCUUUCGUUUACUUCUUUCCGAUGGUUUACAUCAAGUAAAUAUCGCGUUGUACACUGUACCAAUGAAUAAUCCCUCUGCGGCGGAUGCUUUAGAGAUAUUUUCAAUUAUUAAAUUGAAGUGCUAUCAUUCUAACGUUAUCAAAAGCAAGGAUAAGCAAGACACGCGAAUUAUUAUGAUUUUGGAACUAGAAAUGAUUGCUAGGGGAGAACACGUAGGUCAAAUAAUCGGAAACCCUGUCACUAUAUCCGAACCCCCAACUUCACAAACAAGCGAUAUUGAUAUUAACAAGAGAAAUAGUUCCGUAAAUGACUCGUCCAAUUCAAAAAUCACCCCCAUUGCGUGCUUGAACCCUUUUCAUAAUAACUGGAUAAUCAGAGCAAGAGUCGUUAAUAAGACUAAUGUAAAAAACUGGUGUAAUUCUAAGGGUGAGGGCAAGCUUUUCAGUAUGGAUUUGGUCGACCAAGGGGGUGAGAUCCGAUGUACGGCAUUUAAGGAUCUUGUGGACUUGUUUUUUGACCGACUUGAGGUGGACAAAGUUUAUUAUAUUAGCAAAUGCCAAUUAAAGCCAAUUAACCGGCAAUUUUGUUCCUUAAAACACCAAUUUGAGAUGGUUUUUACCCCGGAAACUAUCGUCGAGGAGAGUUUCGACGAUAACGAGAUAAUCCCUCAAAUAACUUACAAUUUUACCACAAUUGAUAAAGUUGCGGUCAUGGAAGCCGGAACCAUUGUUGACGUGGUUGGCGUUUGCAAGACAAUAUCGGAAGUGCAGAGUUUUAUCGCGAAAUCAACCAAUCGGGAAAUGAAGAAACGACAACUUGUUUUGGUUGAUCAAACCAAAACAGCGAUUGCUUUGAAUUUGUGGGGCUCCCAAGCGGAGUCGUUCACAGUCACUGGUAAUCCGGUGGUUGUAGCAAAAAAUGCAAAGAUUUAUGAAUUCAGAGGCGUGAAAAGCAUUACUUUAAUGAGCAGUAGUUUGCUCAAAAUAAAUCCCGAAAUUCUCGAAACUUACAGAUUGAAACAAUGGUACGAUUCUGAAGGGUAUCAAGUGGAAAUUACAAACGUUAGCCAAAGAAUCGGAAAUGGACAAACACCGUGGAUGACGUUUAAAGAAGCGCGCCAACAAGCCCUUUCUGAUAAGGCGCUCUAUUAUCAAACUUUUGGUACGAUUUUGCUGGUUCGCCUCGACAGAGUCGUCUACAAGUCGUGUCCUAGUGACGAUUGUCAGAAGAAAGUCCUCGAUUUGCAAAAUGGAAUGUACAAAUGCGAAAAAUGUAACCGCGAGUUUCCAAAUUUCAAGUACCGGUUGUUGGUUUCGAUGAAUAUAGCCGACUCUUCGGGUAGCCAAUGGGUUACUGUUUUUUCCUCAGAAGCGGAAAAAAUUUUAGGAAAAACAGCGCAAGAAAUUGGGGAGUUGAUGGACACGGAUUCUGACAUUGUGGCAAAUAUGUUCGAAGAAGUUCAAUUUAAACAAUAUGUUUUCAAGUGUAGGGCAAAAAUCGAAACUUAUAAUGAUGAACAGAAAAUGAAAACAAUUGUGGUGGGUGUUGCGCCAAUGGACUUUGAGGAGUACAAUGUUUAUUUGCUGGACAGGAUUGAAAAAUUUAAGAGAGUUUCUUGUAAUUGAGCCUUUGAUUUUGUUAUUUUUCAAUGAGUAAAUUUUAAUUUUUUA